AUGGAGAGAGGAUUAUUAGAAGACCUGUGCCGAGGGGCACGAAUCCCAGUAACCAAAGCAGUGCUGGUGGCGGGGUUCCCAGAAGAGAUGGAACCAAAUGAAAUUGAGGAGCGCUUAGAUGCAGCUGAAAUACUGGGGAGAGUAAAGGUCCGCACCCAUAUUUACAACCGCAAAGUGAAGGGCAUGGUAGCAUUAUGUACACACUCCAAGGAAACAGACCUUGAUAAAGUGUCCAAAGAGGUGCAAGUAGAAGGUAUUCCUUGGACAAUUCUGGGGGCAGAGCAGUCCCCUCCUAGUGUGCCUGUGUCACUUGAGGUGGAUUUUUUAGUGCAGAAAUUGCAAGCUCUGAUGGUGGAUGAGAAGCGGACAAGAGAAGAAUUAAUUUUGGCAUUAGGAGGGGCUCCAACACCUGCAGCACCCAGCCUGGUGGGAUGGGCCAAAGAGCUGGGAAACACUCUCAAAGAUGCAUUGAGGCCGGUAUAUGAAAGUGCUCCAUACAAGCGGUUACAUUCAUUCUCGGGGGUGUCACCUGUACCCCCAGGGGAGGAGGAUUACGAGACCUGGAGGGAUUUUACGGUGCCACUUGUCCAAGAGUGGGAAUGCUCUGAUGCUGAGAAGUGGAAACGUGUGCUUGAGAGUCUGAGGGGACCUGCCAUGCAAAUUAUCCAAGCCCUGAAAGACUCACAACCAGCUGCCACAGUGCAAGACUAUUUAACCGCUCUUGAGAGUGUCUACGGUACUACUGAUAGCAGUGAAGACCUGUAUUAUCAGUUCCGCCAUACCUAUCAGGAGCCCCACAAACGAUUGUCGGAUUUCAUCAGGAGACUAGAGGAUUUGCUACAGCAGGUAGUGCGGAAGGAGGGCAUCCCCACCAAGAGCAUUGAUUCCGCUAGGUUGGACCAAAUCCUUCGGGGCAUCCAACAAGAUGGGUUGAUGUUGUGGUGA